AUGUAUAAACUCGAUUUGCCAGUUGACCGCAAAGAAGCUGCGGCAAUUGAAAGACGACGGGCAUUAGAGGAGCAACGAAAGAGCAGAAUUUUCAAUGCAAAGAACAGGCUAAUCGGGGUGCGCUCUGCUAAACCAUCCUUUCAUAGGAAUAUUUAUGCUAAGCAAUGACGUCAAAAUGUUAACGUUAUUACCGAUGAAAUAUAUAUAAAUAUUGUAACUAUUGUAACUAUUUAUGCCCACUGUUUUUUUGAAUUCCGUUUAUCAGGAUAACCGAAACGGUAACGAGUAAAUUUGCUUCUAAAUUGUUAUGCAAAUUGUUUCCGUUAUUCGAGCUCCUCCGUGGAGUUGCAAAUUAAUUGGUAAUUGUGACUUCUGUGCUCAAACGUUUGCUGCAUGUCAAAGCUAUCAAAUUUGAGCUUUCGAUUAGAUAGCUGCUUCAUGCAUUUGACAUACGAUGCUCAACUAAGCUCAUGAUUGAUAUCAAAAUAAUUUCAAAAAGAGCAAACUCGCCUUGCUUAGACAUUGGCUUAAGCCAAUUAAAAUAGAUACGCAAUAUCCGACGCCUUUUUAUCUUGAGAUAGGCCGGGUACAGUUAGUUAUUUAAAACUAAGUUUCAGAUAUAUCCGUACAUGUUUUUAAGGGGAUAUUAUGUCUUUUGUGGGGUUCAGAAAAUUUUGAUGUUAAAUAAGGCCUCGGUCCAUUUAGGCCGCGAAUAUGUCCAACCAUAAUAUAUUUUAUGAAAAAAGCAAAAACGAUUUAAAUCCCUCCAAAAAUAUGCUUGGAACUCAUACGAUUUCUCAUUCCUAAUCUCUGCUGCACACAUAAACCGAAAUGGAAACCAGUUGCAAACAUCCGUCAAAGUUCAUUUUUUAUUUUAUUAAAUGGUCUUUGUGGAAGCCUAACGUUUAAUGCUAACGAAUGCAACUUCUCUCUCAUCUUUGUUUUCCAUAAGUAGUAUUUACAGUUAACAGACCAUGUACUUUCAGGUUGGCGUCUGUGACACGGACCCCCCACGUUUAUUUUGUGAAUCAUAAACACCUCAAGGUAUUUGCGACUCAGUUUGCUAGUUUGUCAGAUAGCAUUGCACUUCUAGCUUUGCAGAAUCUAUCACUUUUACCAGAGCAAUUAUCUAAUUAGAUACUCACUCUGGUAAAAGUGAUAGAUGCUGCAAAGCUAUAAGUGCAAUAUUAUCUGACAAACUAGCAAACUGUCAUCAACUAAAAAUGAAGACAAAACAACAGAGAAAUGAGAAGACUAUAUAUAGUCUCGGAGUCUACGAAAUUCAACUCCCAUGACAUAAAGAUACAAAAAUAUUAACUACUGCAUUCGUAGUGUUUGUGGAUAAUGCUUAAUUGGUAUUGGUUGCUUGCAUGAUAAGACAAUCGUAUAAGCUUUCUUGUUAGUGAUGAUGUGCCAAAAAUGAACUCUUAGUUAUCUAGCAAAGGCUCUCACGCAGAUGUGCAACAAACUAUAAUUACUUCAUAAAUAACGUGGCAUUUGUGGAAUGUGUUUGUUAGAUUUUCUGUUAUUACUUAACAUGUGCCAACCUCUUGCCAAAAGCGUGCUGUUAUUAACUAUUUAUGCGUAGUUUUAGAGGAAACCCUAAUUUUCUUAAUUUUAUUUCGAUUCUUAUAAUGGCGACAACCUAAUAACCUUAUUCGACGGAAGAGUUGCCCUGACGUUAAUCAGAUUAAUAUCUUUUUAUGGUCCUGAACAGAACCUUGUGGUUACAAAAAUUCAUCUUCUGUAUUUCUAAGAGAAUCUGUCAAAUAACUAUCAACUUCUCGCAUUUUCCGUAAAAACCUAAAAAUAAGCUAAACAGAAUGCUGCAUAUCCAAAAAUUUGCUUUAGGACGUUAUGCGGCAUGCUCUAUUAGACAAUAUCCGGGAUACUCGAAGAUCCCCUCCAACCCGUCAUAUCUCCUUUGAACUUUGUCGUCUCGCUUCCAAAAUAACCUUACGUAUCCUUAGUAUAUGGCUGGCGACUAGCACUCUGAUUGUCGGAAACUACGACUGUAAAUGAAAAUUUGAAUCAAAAUAAUCGUACUCCAGACAUGCUUAUAAGUUGCCCGCACAAACCUGUCAAUAUCAGACUGCAAGCGUUUUCUUGUAAAUGUUUGAUCAUAUCUUUAUAUUGUGAAUUACCUACAAUCCCAAAUGUUUCCUCUUUCUAUUACUAACUUUUAGGAAAACAUGUUGCUAAAAGACUUGCUAUAGAACAUAAACUGCUGGCCACCCUAGGGAAAUAUUAAAUAUUUCAGGGAUGUUAAACAGCAGUACUUUUGGACCGAUUGCACUUCAGUCUGUUGUAAUAUCAAAUGUUUUACAUUCCUUGCAUUUAGGUCGAUGAGCGAGCCCUGGCUCAACAACUUAAGGAAAAGAAGGAGCGCGAAGAUGAAGAGCAUUGCAGGGAAUUAGCUUAUGGUAAGCCAUCUGCAUCUAAAGAGAGGCGGUAAUUUUAUCAGUGAAAAGACUAAGUACCUCUUUUCUGACCAAUAUCUGGUUCCAAACUAAAACCGAAUUUAAAUGCAAAAGCCCUGGCGUCACACACACACACACUUCUCUAGGUCCUUCAUGUUUUCGGGGCAUUCAGAGAGGUUAGGAACAAAGCUACCCAGAAAAGGAUUUCCAACUUAUAUAGAGUGCAAGAGAACUUUAACAUUCUUAGAUACUUCACAGAGGAUCAUUUCUUUUAUCGAGCAAAUAAGGUUUUGGAUAAAGUUAAUAAUUGUUUGCUUUGAUUACUUCCUUUUUGGGUCAAACUCGCUUCUUGUGUUGGCAAGAGGCAUAACGUUAACCUAUUUGGACGUGAUUAUAACUCAAGAGUUUUGAUGCUUUUCUAAGUGGAUUGUUCACUAUUUCCGCGAUAAAAACAAUUUCUUAAAGGAUUUAUCCUUUUGAAAGUGCGCAGUAAUUGCCUUGUCCAAUUAUGCACUUUAUGCAAGGGAGAUGCUGCCAAGAUAUUUUAAAAUUUCAGUGGAUAUUACUACAAUCCCCUCAGAAAAGCAUCAAGUCAUCUCAGCAUGCGAUUGGAACCAUGUUUGCGUGUGUUAUUGCUGAUGACUGGAUUUAUGCUAUAAGAACGUUUUCAGUGGUGCGUAACCAAAUGCGUACCUUAUAAAAGUCAAUGCCUGAAGGACCGUUCGAAGAUUUACAAAAAGCAUUUCAUCGUUAGCGUCCUCCUAGGAUUCGUCAAUAUUUUUUCAAACCUUUGCUAACCUGACUGUGUGAACAAUUUUCCAAAAUGUCUUAGCGACUUAGGAGACUGAAUUUGAUCCGCUAGUUUUAUUCGUAAACGACAGUUAGUAGGCUACUUCUAUUAAAAGUCCGAACGCCAAUCUAAACUGCUUUAAGUCGCUUAACGUGCAACAGCUUGAGGGAUUACCGUUGACGCCCUACACUGACCCAAGAAACUGGACUUAGAUGACUUUUAAUGAGUUUCUCAAAAUUUUAUCUUUCUUUUCGCCGGUUACAGAGGCACGCACUGGACAGCUUUAAUGCGUACAAGUUGGUGUAUAAGAUUGUCUAUGUGGCAUUUAUGUUUUAAAUACGUUUAAUUGCGUUCGCUUUCAUAGACCGUCGAAAUUGACCUGACGCUAUGCGGAAUACUGAUUGGUUUUCGUAACUAUAAAGCCACAGCGCAUGCCUUAAUCCCGUUCCUAAGAAAUUGCAACCUUAUUUCACUUUAGGGCUGCGAACAUAUAUCAUUAAGGGUGAUUUCGUGCUUCUGCCGCUGAAUUUUAUGUCUGCAAUCGACAGCGCAGACCAGCUUAUAAAAAACAUGAGGGAAGAAAAAGAAGGAGAAAAAGGAGAAGAUGAAGAGGGGGAAGGAAAUCGUUUUAUGAUUAGGGGAUGGGCGGGCACCCAAAUGAUGAAUAGCUAUUUAUAGUAAUUAGUGACAAAACAAUGCCACUGGAUCCUUGUGUGAGAUCACGAUGUCCAACAUGUUGGAGGGGUGCAAAACACUAUUCCGACGCUUAAAGUAAGCAACCGCCCUGCCAUAUCGCUUUCUCUACUGACCAAAACCGAUUUAAACUCAUAAAGGGUGACAAAGAAGCUGGUUCGGCAGGCGUAGUACACGUUUUGCUGGUGCAUUCCUUCCUUUAAUGCUGAUGGCCGACGGCGUCACCUUUUUCAUCAGUAUAUGUCCGUCUACCCUGUAGCGCACGAUGCUGAACGGUUUGACCGGAUCGCGGUCCUCUGUGAACAACGCCAACGUAAGGACAUGCGGAAGUUGGAUCAGGCGCUGAAUGAAUUUCGUUUCCUGCAUCAACAACCGCAGAGUCGGCGAGAAUUUGACCUUUACGACCCCGACGCUCUGAAGAAGGAUAGACCGGCCAGGGUAACCGAUGACGAUCCUCGAUGCGGCAUGUCCUCGAUGCAGAAGUUUAUGGGUGAGGAUCUGACCAGACAGUCCCGCAACAAGUACCAGCGAGAACAGAUGCAGGACUGGUUUGAACGGCAGAUUGAAGAACGUGAGGCCGCGGAGGCUGCAUACAAGGAGGCUAACAGGUCAGUGCAGCUUGCUUGCAGUUUAAGAUGAGGGUCUUUCGUUGUGAAACGAAAUUUUCCGAAUUAUCUGUGCGAGGGAUAACCUGCGCCUGUGAUUCAGUAAAUAUUUUGAGAUAUAAAGCCUGUUCGGGGAUAUCGAUUCAUGUGGAAUUGGUGCUCCCCCCCAAACUGGCCCUCCAAAGAAGCAUACUCAUUCCGUUUGGGUUUGGAGCCUUAUCACGAGAACCUUCGGGCAGGUACAUAGUUUAUAAACAAAUAUGGCUCAUUCCUCCGAGUGUGAAAUUGAAAGAAAACGUACUUUUUACCAAAUGAUCGAAAAAACGAAUAUUUUGUGCAUGUUUCCCAUGAAAUAUAAUUAAAUUUUUAGGGCCAUCGAACAUAAAUGAGAAAAAUGUACGCUUAUUAAGUAGCCAUUUUUUACAGACUAUGGUUCUUGCAUGCAGCCGAAAAGAAGUUCGUUCGAAGGUCGGCAUCCAGAGGUAACUGAAUUAUUAUCAGUUACAACCCUACUUAAUUAGUCUUUUCGAAACGAAAACGCAUUUCGGAAUUUCGAUUGACAUUUUAUGAGUUAGCCCACCUACUGUAUGUGUGUUAAUAAAUAUGUCACUUUCCUUGGGGAUGAACGGCUAGUAUGUUAUGUUUUGAAACUGGUUACUGAGCGCGUCGCCAGAUGCAAGAGCACUGUACAGAAAAAGCCAACUUUUGCCCGUGUCUAAUAAAAGAUUCUAAAUUUUGCAUUUAGUAACUUCUAAUGGGCGUUUUUAGUUGAAUAAUAAGUCCCCUGAUUUAAUGAUUUUGAGAAAUACGCCUUCCUUCGAAAUUGAGUUGAUGUCGUUCCUUUUGCCUGCAUACUGUCAAAUACUGACCGGUCAAAUAAUUUAAUUACUGGUUUUUGACGUAAAUAGUGGCAGUUGUGACGGCUUUUACAGGCUGAUGGCUGCACUUGCUGUUGACGAUUAAUGUUUCAUUAACAUUUUGAGAUCGCUGUUGCUCCUUUCUGGUUUUAAGAAGGGGAAGGGCAAACACAGAUAGCACGGAGGCAUUAUCUCGCAAGUAACCGCGGCACGAGACUUUUGCUUUCCAUCGGACGAGAGCUUGAUAGAGUAAAAAGUGCAAUUGUUUUAACAGGGCAGUACUUUCUUAAAGUGGAUCUUGUCGAAAAUGUAUUACGCAGAUGAUAUUUUUUGCGAAGAGAAAAGCUUUCGGCUAAAAUUAACAUGCCAAUGGUUUGGAAAAAAGAUAUUUACUUUCUGACGAAAGUGGAAGGCUUAGUUCUGAAAAGAUGCAGUGGUCACACACCGAUAAUCGCGUUGGUAACAUUGGUUAUCAGCCGAACCCCUUUAAAGUCGCUCUAUUUAAUGACACGACAUCGGCGAAAAUGCGCCUGGUCCUUCGCUAAUAUCUGGUCUGCGAGAAUCAGAAUCCCUCCCAGCAUGUAUUUGCACGCCACUUGUGCCCUUUUUUCACCUAAACUGGAAAUCGGACAAAUUUCUAGUAAUUUUCUGCUAAUUACGCUGCACUGUGAACAAUGUCUUUAUAACCUUAUUAACGCUGAGUUUCGACCAUGAUAAAGGUCUCAGCACUACCUUUCCUACGUCCUAAAUCUGUUAAACCAACAGUGAGUGACCUAUCUCAUGAAAUGUUGGCUGAAAUUCUGAAAUGCGUUUUCGAUUAGGAAGGAUUACUUGGUCACGGUUGUAAUACUGACUACUUGCGGCAUACUCUUAUGACAUUUCGGACUCGGCAGGAUGUCGGCUUUUAAAUGCACUUAUUUUUAAUCUUCUGUAGAAAGCGUACUCGGUAAAAUAUGGCUACUUAUGUAGCAUGCAUUUUUCCCAUUGAUUUUCGAUGGUCUUGUAAAUUCAAGGAUAUUUUAUAGAAAUCACAAACAAAAAUAUGCUUUCUUUUAGUCAAUCAAUAGAGACUCACGUCUUCUUUAUAUUUUAUACUAAAGGAAGGAGUAUAAUUAGGUUUUAAAAAAGUUUCUAAUUAUGAGACUUUUUAAGACCGCGAUAUGUCCAUUCACAUAGCAUCGUGCCUGGCCGUUUAGCACCGCUUCCCAUGAAAUGAACAACAUGGUCCGCAUUCAUUGCAAAAUUUUAUGGACUCUGUAUAAGAUCUCUUUAAUGGCAUAGAAAUAUAUGUGAUUUUCUUUACGCAGAACGCAUGCACCUUGUAGAGUGAAAUCACUAAGCGCUAUGCAACGAAUGAUCAGGCUCCAAAUUAUUCGGCAAUUGGAAAACUUUUUUAAAACCUAAUCUUACUCCUUCCUUAAGUAUAAAGUACAAAGCAGACGUAAUUAUCUGUUGAUUGACUAAAAGAAAGCAUAUUUUUGUUUAUGGUUUCUAUAAAAUAUCUUUGAAUUUACAAGACCAUCGAAAAUCAAUAGGAAAAAUGCAUGCUACUUAAGUAGUCAUUUGUUACCGAGUACGCUUUAUACAGGAGAUUGAAAAGAAAGAAUAAAUGCACAGUCAAUGACUAUCACGAGCGCGAACGAUAUCCCAAGUGUGUGCUAAUGAAGAAGAAUCAUGUACUUUGGAUUUUUACUAGAAUUCUACCUUUAUCCGUCUCUACCUAUUCUGCUUUUACUACUUUUAAGUUACAUCACCUGGACUAUUUUAAAAUGAUGUCACACAUAGUGCUCCCGUCUCUCUUUGCCUCACGGUGCCCUGUUAAAGUGAUGAAACGUGAAUUCUCUUAGUUAUCUGAGUACAACUCUAAUUGUACCUCGAUCGUUUUAACGCUUAUUAAGAUUGCUGGCAAAUCCCCCUUCUACCAGCAUGAAAUUGCGUACUCCGGCGACAAUUUAUCUCCCCUUUGCCCGCUACCUGUAGAUAUUAAGUAGACAUUUCUGAGUAGAUGGCGUAGCGAUGGGCUCACCGCUCGGCCCGUUCCUCGCAAAUGUCCUCAUGGGCAAAGUCGUGAUGACAAUUUUACAAGGCACUAUUAAUGACUUCAACUUCUACGGUCGGCUCGUGGACGAUAUUUUCUGCCUGACGGAUGUUACCACCGACACAGACGCCCUGGUUCAAAAAUUCAACAAUGCACACCCCUCGCUGACGUCCUCUGCAGAGUUUGAGGCAGACAAUGAAAUCGCGUUCCUCUAUGUUCUUCUGCACAGACAAGGGGAUGUAUCUAUUCAACGGAGGGUAUUCCGGAAGAAAGCCUGGGCGGGACAAUACAUUAAUUUUCACAGCUUUGUUACCCUAAAUAUUAAACGCAAUUUGGUCCAGGGUUUGGCGUCUAGAGUGCGACGUAUCUGCCCUCCUGAGACUGUUGAGGCAGAACUCCAGCAGCUGCGGGAUAUACUCCACGAAAGCGGAUACCCAGAAAGAUUUAUCCUUCAAAAUAUAGGGGAGCGCACUGCAAAGCCCACCAUGGCAAUUGCAGAAAAGAAAGACUUAUUUAUAGGACUGCCUUUUCAAGGGGACGCAGCAAGGGACCUAGUAAGAAGACGGCCUAAAACAGCGAUCACUAGCACUUUCCCGCGGCGAACUUACGUGCAUGUUUCACGAACUCUCCCCUCCUUCGCUUGGAAGGUAAAUACCGACUCCCGUUGCUGGCCACAUCGAUGCGUAUUUACUCAUUUACUUGUUCCUGUGUAGCGGGAUACAUUGGCCGUACAACGAGGCACCUGGAAAGGAGAUUACGUGAACACAUACCGGCCUGGCUAUGCAGAGAUGAAAAGAAAUCGAUGUCGAGUUCUAUCCUCGCACAUCUUGCCGAAAUGAAUCACCGUGUCGAUGCCAAAGAGGCCUUUUAGGUUGUCUACCGGACACCAGCAAGCUUCUCCAGAGGCCUACGCCAACGGGUACUAGCUACAGCCGAGGCAGUAACUGUACGGCUAGCAAAUCCAGUGAUAUUUUGUCAGGAGACUCUGGCACAGGCGCUCUCUCUUCCGUGGCCAACAUCGACCCCAACGUCGCCCCAACCUCCUGAUGGCAGUGGUGUGUACACAACGUGCCCGACGUACAAACAUUACUCACAGCCUAUGUCUCCUCUUGACUCAAGGACCACGACACGCCGACCACGCCGUAGCACGCCUCGUCAUGCGAGUGGCGUGGGAACGAUGGGUAUAAAUAGCCCCUGAAUCACUUAUAAGCCCUGUAACUUCGCAUACUUUAAACUUCUAUGUAACCGUUUUGGCCUAAUGAAGAGUUACCGAAAACACGUGUUUGCCAAAUUGACUUUUCAAUUUCCGAAUAAAUUAAUUGGCCGAGAGUACGGCAGUGCAUUUUUCAUGACUCGAAAAUCCUGAAUAUAUUCUCAUGUGUAGGCUCUAUGAUCUGAAACGGCGAGAACUGGAUCAGCGUGUCUGUGAGCUUGCAAAGGCUGAAGAGCAGUGCAAGCGUGCAGUCAAUACAGCCCUGCGCCACUACAAUGAAGUCCUGGCGGCCGAGCAGGCCGAAAGAGCUCGAAUAAAGAAGCAACACGACGAGGACGACAAUGCGACUGAGAUAGCCAACUGUAUAUACAGCGACCUCUUGACUGAGAAUCCAGCCCAGGCCACCUCGGCAUUUGGCCCGCACCGAAUCUGUCCUGACAGAUACAAGGGACUGACACAGGAGCAGUUGGACCAUAUUAGGAAAACGCAACAGCUCCAGGUUGAAGAAAAAAAGGUAUGUGCGUAUCUAUUUAAACAAACCCUCAAAAGUUAUGUUUUACUUCGACACUCUUUACCCUCCGUAUUCGCAUUCAUAAAUGAUAGAAGUAAGCGACUCUUCGUUACAACUAUGCCCUUUGCUAUAAUUCCUGCUCCCAUUGGCAGAGACUUAUAGCGGUUUAGGAGGUUUGCUGGAUUACAAGCUAGACUCGCACUGACGGCAUAGAUAGCCAAAGCCGCUUUUUCUGAGGUCUUACUUGCUGCAGCAUUAGAAGACCCAUGCGAAGAGGGCCCACAUUAAUUCCCUCGUGAAUGAUGAGCUGCUUAUCGUGAAACUCACUUACCACCAAGGGACUGGAGUCUUUUUGAUAAACAGACUUGUUGCACCAGUUUCAUUUGGAUUUGGUUCACCCGCAUUUAAGUUAUUUUUGGUUAACUAAUGUCUGGGAGAAAAAAGGGGAUAGUGGGGGAGACAGCAGACAUUUAUAUCAAAAUUGUCGAAAAUUUAUGUCACCAAAUAACUAGACGCUAUAGUCCAACACGACUCAGCAGAGCCGACCUACCAUAGUUUCUCGUAACCCACGGUCGUUUCAAAGAUAUUAUUAUAUUAUUAUUAUCUUAUCUUGUAAAAAACGACAGCAUUUGGCUAGUUACAUUUGCAAGAUAAGGAACAAUUUAUUCGGAUCCCUAUGAAAACCGGAAAAACAAAAUCAUCGAUAAUCUUCAUGAUCCAGAUUUCUAUGUGUCGAUUCAUUUGUCUGUUUCCGAACAGGCGUCCUAAAUCUUCAAGUAAUAUUUCCUACACCUGACACGCUUUCGGUUCUUUUCCAUUUUUAACUCAUUUUGUUCUUUUGAAGCCGCAAAGUCCGUAUUAGCCGCCCAUGCAGAGGACGAGUUUGGAACAGUUUUGCCAUAAAUUAGGGUUACUCAUUUAUAAAUAGUAGAUUCUAUAAUGUCGUCAAUUUUGGUUCCGAUGAUUGUUGCUAUCUAGCGCCUGAAGGCAGAGGAGGAAGAACGUAAUCGGGAGUGGGACUGCCAGCGUGUAAACGCCAACAAGGUGGGCAUUCUUAUUGAGCGUCAGAUGGAGAGGGCAGCCCGAAAUGCACGCGAGAAAAUCGCCCAGGAGAAUUUGCGCCUUGCCCAGGACCAGAUGGCUUUCCAACAAUACCUGAAGGACGAGGUUAGUGGCGUUCUUAGCAAUAUGCGUUUUUUGUGUUUUGUGCAAAAUAACCCGAAGUUAGAUUAUGGACGGAUAACGCCCGCAAAUAAGCCGAAUUUUCCGUUGUUUUUCGAUGCAUUUAUAUCGUUUAGUGACGUUUAACGCAACAUAACUCAAAAUGGUGUAGUCUUUCCCAUAGUAAGUUUUUGAAUACGCCGUCUUGUUGAUCCCUUUCAGCGGUUUUUAGUCAUGUGUUUGAAGUGGAAAACCAAGGGGAACGAUGUACACUUAAGUAGGAAUUCCGGUAACAAUCGGGAGAUGGCACCCAAAAAAUCCGUUACCUAGAAAUAAUACCUUUAACAGUGGACUCAAACGCCUUCAGGCUAUAACAGCGCUUGCAGGCCUACUUUCACUCACUACUUGGACUUUCCGCGACGGCCUAACACGGGCUGGCCGAACGAACAUCACAGGAGGUUACAUGGACGAUAGUCGCUGUUACCCAACUUCCCCCAUCGUUACACACGUACACCUGAAUAUACGGCAUACAUUCGCAUUAUGGCAGUUUAUUGCAAAACAAAAUCACUUUUACAUAGGAUAAGUCUGCACAACAUGGGACAGGAACAAUUUCCAGGCAUCUGCCAAAGACAUGGCAUCGAGGCCAUAAUAAAGACGAUACUGUACUUCGUCUAUGUGAGCCCACACAGCUCGACCACAUACAGGGCCUCUCUCGUGGAGUUUCAUUUUUAGUCUACUCCAGUAUGCCUCAAUGGCAUUGGUGUGCCGUCCGGUGGUAGGGUCCUUGAGGUUCUUUGAGUGGUUAACAGAGAAAUGCAGAUAACCUUCUGAGGGAAGACGAUUAUACGCCUUCCACUCGUACGGUACCGCUAUACUGCUUUGGCGACCCACUUUGUUAUAACGGAACCCAGAGCGGGCAAACUUCGAUCAUUCACCUGUUUAAAUAAACCUUUCCGUCGGCUAGUAUCGUACAUCCCGACCAGCCGCCGCCCAUAAAACCCCUAUUACCGCCUGUCCCGUAAGAUAGGCUGCUUUGGUUAGGCGAAUAUUUUGGUGCCAUCUCCCGACUGUUACCGGAAUUCGUUCUGCGGAAGUGGAAAACCGCAGUAAGAACACUGUUUACACACCCCAUUAUCAAAAUAAAAGGCGCAUUUGUCUUCUUAUAAAAGCCUAAAUCCAAAAAUAAUUAAUAAAUUUUGAUCUGUAAUAAGUCAUUGCAUAGAAUAAAUUUAAAACAUCUGCCCACUGUUUUGCCCCGGUAGAAACAUAAUUGUUUACAGUUGUUUAUAACACGAAGUACUUUUUUGACACUGUGGAUUCAAGUCUACCAACAAAUAUUCAACGAGCCUUGCAAGCAUUCCGUGAACUAACCAUAUUUGUAAAUACAUGAAAUUGGAUUGUCAGGGACUGUUCUCCCCAACAGGUGCAUAGCACAGUCAGGAGCCAUUUAUGCAUCAAAAUUUCGCGGACAGUUUGGAUUGCCAAUGAGGUAGCUAAAGCCUUACAAAUGUGCAUGUAGUGUUUUUUGACUGAAGUUAAGUAGGGCUAGCGUUCGUCGGACUGGAUAACCGAAUUUGAUUCUAUUACCGCUCGGUGACGAGGGAAAACAAGCCAGAGGCAUCAGUCCGCACCCAGUAGUUUACGCGGCAAGAGUUUUUGGGAGAUUUAUAAAAUAGCAGCGGAGCGCGUAGUAGCAAAAUUGCACGGAAAUUGAAUCUAGGUGAAAGCUGCGAAAUAAGUUACUAGCUGUUUAAAAAAUUGAUAAGCUUUCUGAAACUGAUCGCGACUACUAUAUUCACCAGGAAUUCGAUUUUAGCGGCCGUUUCAAAGGCUCGUGCGAACGAUAGUUCCUGGAGUUCCUCUGACAUCGUUUUCAUCUCGUUCCUUACACCUAAAAGCAGCUGGUCUAAAGGUCCUUACUGCUGCCAGAAUUUGAAAAAUGGACGCAGCCCAUGUUAUGACCGCAGCGUUAUGUCCUGUUAAUCCUUAGAGAAAAAACUUCAGGCCUUCGCAUUAGAAAUCAACCUAUGUGCCUCUAACAUUGGCAGCUCUCAUAAGUGGCAAAAUUCACAACACAGACACUCUGCGUCAAGUUACCGGACUUAACAGCUCCAACUCCGAUGAAUCCUUAAACUCUUUGAUUUCUUCAGCGCCACUCCUUCUAAUCACUCCACUACCUUGCCUUCACAGCUCUGUCUGUCCUGUGGACUGCCAAGUAGCAAAGGAACGCAAAGGUUCUGCGUAGCAGUGUACUCAUCCUCUUUUCAGCGCCUUCCAAUGUCCCCUUUUACUUUCAGCUAUACUGUAUCCCUACGCUUUCUGCACUAACAAGUACCUGUUAUUCGUCUUUUUCAUUUUAGCUGUACACCAACCAGCCGACCGCAGCUUACUUUGCCCAAUUUAACACCACUUCACGAUAA